CAUCGCUAACCGGAAGUAAGUGUCAUAAACAGGAACUUGUGGUUGUAUGCGGAAGUGUCACGUUCAUGAUGGCAACUGGGACGGAUCAAGUUGUUGGAUUUGGACUUGUUGCCUUUAGUCUGUCACUAUUCACAUAUUACACCAUUUGGGUCAUAGUUUUGCCUUUUGUAGACCGUGAUCAUGUGAUCUACAGCUACUUUCUUCCACGAGAGUAUUCAGUCAUACUUCCUGGAGUUGCAGCAUUAAUAGUCUUACUGCUUAUUGGCAUCUUCAUAAUGGUCGUUACAUGGAAGAAUCGGAAACCUAAAAAAGUUCACUAAGACGCUUCAGGUUGUACUGAUCUGGUCACAAGAACAAUGGUGUUGUUUUUACUCAUGUACCAUCUCCAUUAACACCAAAGCUGCUUUACACCCUGAAUUCCAGUCUAUGGGAUGUUAAUAAAUUAGUUUUUAUUAAGAAUCAGAAGUACACAAUGGUCUACUUGAGUCUUUCAGAUCUAGUGACCACAAACUUCUUUGGACAAUUCUUUCCAUAGUCUAGAAAAUAAACGCAACAAACAAAAAUCUGUAAUCUGGCUAAGUAAAAAUAUUUGUGUAUUUUGUAUCUGAAUGACAACUUGAUAGAAAAUAGUGUGGUUUGUUUGUUUGUUUUUCAUGCUUUUAAGAUCAUUUAGAUGCAUUUUUGUCUUGUGUUGUAAAUAGACAUAAUUAUGUGCUAAAAUGCAUCUGCCACACAGUCUCAUAUAAAAAAUAAAGAGAAAAUAUGGAAACCUU